AUGACGGACGACGAGCAGCAGCAGCAGCAACUUGCUGCCCUACAGCUGGGCUUGCAACAAGCGCUCGAUGCACAGAGCAUGCUUGCUUCUCUGACAUCCCGAUGCUUUAACAGAUGCGUCGAUAAACCGGGCCGUUCUCUGUCGACUAGCCAGCAGCAGUGUCUGUGGCAAUGCUCCCAGCGGUGGAGCGAAGUGCAGCACUUUGUGGGAAUGCGAAGUCGGGCCCUCCUGCAGCAGCAGGGAGGUGGUCUUAUGGGGUCUGCAGAUGGCGGCUCUAGUAGCCUCUCCGCAGACAGUCUCCUGAGCUAG